CCGUUGACGAAGGAUGAGGAGGAAUACGAGAUCAUUGAGAAGUACCUGAAGAACACUCACGGAUCCACCCAUUACUUCAGUCUGGAUAUCGUCGACGUCUUUAAGGUCGAACGCCAGGGAGAGUCUGAACGGUUCCAGAAGUUCAAAGACAUUGAGAAUCGGAUGCUCUUAUGGCACGGAUCGCGAGUCACAAACUUUGCGGGUAUUCUAUCACAGGGUCUUCGUAUAGCACCCCCGGAGGCACCCGUAACCGGCUAUAUGUUUGGGAAAGGCAUCUAUUUUGCGGAUAUGGUCACUAAGAGCGCCGGCUAUUGUCACUACCAGUCCAACAAGAAUAUCGGUUACCUAUUGCUGAGUGAAGUGGCAGUCGGCGAGACUUGGGAUCUAAAUGACGCCAAAGACGUGACAAAACUGCCGAAAGACAAGCACAGCGUUAAGGGUUUGGGUGCGACAGAGCCCGACCCCCAAGAGGUUCAUGUGAUGCCCAACGGAACGAAAGUGCCGUUCGGUAGAGGAGUGCAGAAAUCGCAGAAGUGUUCGCUUCUGUACAACGAGUUCAUCGUCUAUGACGUGAAUCAAGUCAAAGUCAAAUAUCUCCUCAAAUGUCAGUUCAAUUCAAAGAUGUUUUGAGCGAAACGAGUGGCGAAGCAGUCUUUCAGCGAUUACUAUAUGAUUAUUAUUCUGUAAUCCCUUUCCAUAUAAUAUUGUGAAUUGUUUUUCAAAUUCUUUAUGCAAUUCUGUGUGUAUUUCUACU